AAAUAGGAAUUACCACACAAUUGCUGUCUGACCAUUAACAGCAAAUAUAUUACUUGAUGAAACGAAUGUAACUAUUACUGAUGGAACAAGUGGUUUAAUGAUUUUUGGUUUCAUAAUCUGAAUUAUAUUCCCCCAUUUCAAAGUCAAGUCCUGUGAACUGAAAGGUUUAACUUCCUUAUUGCCUGAACCUGUAUGUAUAAAACUGAAUUGUAAAGAGUAAAGCAUAAAAGAGCGGGUGUUCACUCUGAGAAGGGUGAAAAUGACUCCGAAAUUUUUCGGAAUACAUUUUAGUGUUUUAGUGAUCUGUAUGUUUAUAACGGUAGGGAAGUCACAAUGGAGAGGAAACACAGAGUCUUAUAAAGAAUGGGAGCAGAGCACAUGUAGCUAUUGUAUUUGCCGGUAUUCAGGUUAUUGUGCCCUGUGGAGAAAUGUCACUUGUGAUUCUUUAGUGACUAAAUACAGGUGUUUAGGAGGAUGGAGACAUAAUGGGGAUAACAACUGUAAUAUCCCAAUAUGUAAGCCGGACUGUGGAUCAGUUGGAGAGUGUAAAGCCCCUGGUAAAUGUGACUGCAAAGGCCAGGCAGAAGGUCAAUAUUGUCAGACAUUGGUAUGUUCUUAUGCUAGUCCAUGUUACCCAGGAAACUGUUAUAAAAAAAGCUUAUGUAAGUGUAACCGUGGAUUCACAAAGGAAAAUUCGACAUCGGAAUACGGCUGUUUACAAAUUGACACAAACAACAAACCGUACAUUGGUAAAUCAACAAGUGUCAUAGAACACACUAGAAAAACUGAUAAUAAAUUCCUUUUCUACUUCUUGUUGGACGGCACGGAUGAGUCAAUACGCAAUCGUACUGUUUGGAGUAAUCAAAGGGUGUUUAACAUCAUGCAUUUCAAAUUCGAGGUUAGCUACAAGGCACCAGAACCUCUGGCUGAAAGACCGGUUUAUGUUCAUAAAACAGCAGUUGGUAUUACGGAGGGGAAAGUUUUACUUCGAGUUCUAGAUUACAAAAAUGGUAUAUAAGAUUCAAUCAUUGUUUCUCUUUAAAUAUUGC